AUGGGGCCUGCUGAUGGAUUUGGUUUCCCUGGGGUAAUAACUGAUCUCACCGAGAGAGAACAGCCCAUCUUCACCACCAGAGCCCAUGUCUUCCAAAUUGACCCCAGCACGAAGAAGAACUGGGUUCCUGCAAGCAAGCAGGCUGUAACUGUUUCCUACUUCUAUGACAGCACGAGAAACAGCUAUCGGAUUAUCAGUGUGGAUGGAGCCAAGGUGAUCAUAAACAGCACAAUCACACCUAACAUGACCUUCACUAAAACAUCACAGAAGUUUGGCCAGUGGGCAGACAGCAGAGCAAAUACUGUGUUUGGUUUGGGCUUUCCCUCCGAGCAGCAGCUGACCAAGUUUGCAGAGAAGUUCCAAGAAGUAAAAGAAGCUGCCAAGCUAGCAAGAGACAGAUCUCAAGAGAAAAUUGAAACCUCAAGCAAUCAUUCCCAGGAAUCUGGACGUGAAACACCAUCUUCCACUCGAGCAUCCAGUGUGAACGGCACAGACGAUGAGAAGGCAUCACAUGGUGGUCCUGCUGAGGCACAUCUCAAGUCUGAGAAUGAUAAAUUAAAAAUUGCUCUAGCCCAAAGUUCAUCCAACGUGAAGAAGUGGGAGGUAGAGCUGCAGACACUGCGGGAAAGCAAUGCCCGGCUGACCACCGCGCUGCAGGAGUCUGCCGCCAGCAUCGAGCACUGGAAGAAGCAGUUCUCAGCCUGCAAGGAUGAAAAUGACCAGCUCAGGAGCAAGAUUGAAGAACUGGAGGAACAAUGCAAUGAAAUAGAUAAGGAGAAGGAAAGAAAUGCACAAUUGAGUAGACGUCUCCAGGAACUGGAAACAGAACUUCAGGACAAAGAACUGGAACUGGAAGAGCUCCGAAAGCAGGGUGAAGUUAUACCACAGCUAAUGUCAGAAUGUGAAUCUGUAUCUGAACAAUUACAGGCUGCAGAGAAAAAGAACAAAGAUCUUGAAGAGAAAGUCAGUAUGCUAAGGACAGAAGUCGAAGAGAGCAAACAUAGGCAGACCAACCUUAAAACUGAAUUAAAGAAUUUUUUAGAUGUACUAGAUGGGAAGAUAGAUGAAUUACAUGACUUCCGACAAGGACUGUCUAAACUUGGAGUUGACAAUUAG